CAGACAGGACAGAGUUAGUGCAGAGGACAGCUGGAAUUUAUGACUCGGACUUGAAAGAGAAGCCAUGGAAAUAACGUUUAAGAGUUUUCCUCUGAAGGUGGUGAAUAUUCCGUGGAGGAAUAAUAACCUGACUACUCUGCAUACAGAGCCACCGCUGUCUGAACAAGGAGAGACCAUCAUCGGAGUUUACCUGAUAGUGUUGGGAUGGCUGUCUUGGUUUGGAAACAGUUUAGUGAUGUUUGUCCUGUACAGACAGCGGGCUUCACUUCAGCCAACAGACUUCCUCACUUUGAACCUUGCCAUCUCUGAUGCUAGCAUCUCAAUUUUCGGCUACUCUAGAGGAAUCCUGGAAAUCUUCAAUCUCUUCAAAGAUGAUGGAUAUUUGAUCACAUGGAUCUGGACCUGCCAGGUGGAUGGCUUCUUCACCCUGCUGUUUGGCCUUGCAAGCAUCAACACCUUGACCGUUAUCAGCAUUACCAGAUAUGUGAAGGGAUGCCACCCAAGCAAAGCCAGCUGUGUCAGCAUAAACACCAUUGCUAUUUCACUUAUCUGUAUAUGGACUGGAGCCAUGUUCUGGUCUGCUGCUCCAUUAAUGGGCUGGGGCAGCUACACAGAUAGAGGCUACGGCACCUGUGAGGUGGACUGGUCCAAAGCCAACUAUUCCACCAUCCACAAAUCCUACAUCAUCUCCAUCCUCAUCUUCUGCUUUUUCAUCCCGGUGAUGAUCAUGCUGUGCUCCUACAUCUCCAUUAUAAACACAGUGAAAAGCACAAACGCCAUGGCGGCCGAUGGUUUGCUCACCACCCGCCAGAGGAAAGUGGAAAGAGAUGUAACAAGGAUUUCCAUUGUAAUCUGUACAGCUUUCAUCAUGGCCUGGUCACCAUAUGCAGUGGUGUCUAUGUGGUCUUCGUGGGGCUUUCAUGUGCCAAACACAACCAGUAUUAUCACCCGCCUCUUCGCCAAGUCUGCCAGUUUUUACAACCCGCUCAUUUACUUCGGCAUGAGCUCCAAAUUCCGUAAGGAUGUCGCUCUAUUGCUGCCAUGCGUACAGGAAGGCAGGGAGGUUGUGCAUCUGCAACAGUUUAAAAACAUAAAACCCAAAGCCGAGGCCCAGGCUGCACCUGCGUCGCUCCCUGUUCAGAAGAUGGAGCCCAGCUACAAGAAGAAGGAGCUAAACCAAGACAAUCCUGACAGCGACUCCGGCGUCAACAGCCCACCACAAUCUCCUCCAACUGAUCCUCAGGAUAUUUUUCACAUUGACAUGCCAUCGCACAUCGAAACAUCAGAGUACUGGUGUGACAGGCUCUGAGGUCACUGACUAGAACAGUCACUUUAAAUUAAAGGGAAGAUUGGGAAUAUUUUUGUAUUUUUU